GCCUCUGGAAGGAUAUGGAAUGCACCUGAAGCUCCCAGGUCUUGAAGACAGACCUCCAAAGGCUUGGAUCAGGUUAAGCAAGAUACAGCAAGAGUAAAAUGUGACAACUUCAGAUGGAGAGUCUCCCAGGCAGAUCCCAAAUGUGGCAGCUUUUAGCAGCAGCCAGCUGGAUGCUUCUUCUUGGAUCUGUGUAUGGUUAUGAUAAGAAAGGAAACAAUGCAAACCCUGAAGCUAAUAUGAAUAUUAGCCAGAUUAUUUCUUACUGGGGUUAUCCUUAUGAAGAGUAUGAUGUUACAACAAAAGAUGGCUAUAUCCUUGGAAUUUAUAGGAUUCCACAUGGAAGAGGAUGCCCAGGGAGGACAGAUAGUGGUUAUGACGUGUGGUUGGGGAACAGCCGAGGAAAUACUUGGUCCAGAAAACACCUUAAAUUGUCACCCAAAUCACCAGAAUACUGGGCCUUCAGUUUGGAUGAGAUGGCUAAAUAUGACCUUCCAGCCACAAUCAAUUUUAUCAUAGAGAAAACUGGACAGAAGCAACUCUACUACGUGGGCCACUCACAAGGCACCACCAUAGCUUUUAUAGCAUUUUCUACAAACCCAGAACUGGCUAAAAAGAUUAAGAUAUUUUUUGCACUGGCUCCAGUUGUCACAGUUAAAUACACCAAAAGUCCUAUGAAAAAACUAACGACCCUUUCCAGGCAAAUAGUCAAGGUGCUGUUUGGCGACAAAAUGUUCCACCCUCAUACAUUGUUUGACCAAUUCAUUGCCACCAAAGUGUGCAAUCAGAAGCUAUUCCAUCGUAUUUGCAGCAACUUCCUAUUUACUCUGAGUGGAUUUGAUCUACAAAACUUAAAUAUGAGUCGCUUGGAUGUUUAUUUGUCACACAAUCCUGCGGGAACAUCUGUUCAGAAUAUGCUGCACUGGGCUCAGGCCGUUAAUUCUGGUCAGCUCCAAGCUUUUGAUUGGGGAAACUCUGAUCAGAACAUGAUGCACUUCCACCAGCUUACACCUCCUUUAUACAACAUUACUAAGAUGGAAGUUCCAACAGCAAUAUGGAAUGGUGGACAGGACAUUGUGGCUGAUCCCAAGGAUGUCGAAAAUUUACUUCCUCAAAUUGCCAACCUUAUUUAUUACAAGCUGAUUCCACACUACAAUCAUGUGGAUUUUUACCUUGGAGAGGAUGCACCUCAGGAAAUUUACCAAGACCUAAUUAGAUUGAUGGAGGAAUACUUACAGAAUUAAAUGCACUUUCCUUUCUCUAA